UUAUCAGUUCCGGCGCAGUUUAUACCUGGUCGAACGGGAGCCGGCCUACUUAUUCUGAACGGAUUUACGUUUUACAUGAAGAAUCAUCAGGCACAUGGAAAGAAACAGUGGUACUGCUCGUCGAGGGACGUUCAUGGGUGUAGAGCUGACGUUAUCACGUACAAAGGGAUAUACUACCUACCUUCGCAUCGUUCGGGAAGCAUGGUACUUAUAUUUAAGGACAACAAAUACUGGAUAAACAAUCGUUAUCAGAACACAAUCAACUGGACCUGCAGAGAUCGUAAACGCCUGGGAUGCAACAGCUGCGUUCAAACUACCGUCGAGGGGCGAUACAUCAAACAUAAAGGUUUUCACAAUCACGAGGACAACUACACGAAGUAUAAUUUCAAUGACUGAUAUCUACCUAAUAGUCUAGGUUUGCCUGUUAUCACAUCUGUAGAAAGUUAUAGCGCGCCAAAAGAUUAAUAAGGUGCUCCAGUCGAAAACCAAGUGCCAAUAUUCCAUCAGUAACUUCAGCUUUAGCUCGUUAUAAGCUACUAAUUGUAACUUCAACAACUUAAAUAGUAAGCAACUGAAUUUUCUAUAAUUAUUAGCGGAAUGCUUUCUAGUGCUUAUCAAUUAACUUUAAUGUGGAUAGAGUUACAAUUAUUUAUCGUAAAUUAUCAUUCCUUCGAUUCGUUCCAGAUUUAUUAUUAUUAUUAGAUUAGUUUUACUUCCCCUUAUAGUUGUAUAAUGUUUGAUUAAUAUAAUAUGUAAAGUAUGGUCUGUUGUAAACUUUUCACUCAGAGACGAAUCACAUGACGUGGCGCCUUAUAUGACACGGUCUUCACUCGCCACUUGGAGGGCAUGAUUAUGUCAAAUUAUAAGCUAUUCUACCUGCCUGAGAAAACAGAUUAAAUGAGAGUCCAUUAUGUCCACUCAAUAAGUCUUCAUCAUAAUAGUUAUAAUCUGAAUAUGGUCUGAUUUUGUUAAUUUUUCGAUUUUACUUUAAUGACUUAGAUGAUAUCCAUAAGAUUAGUUUUUUCUUAUGACGAUGGGAUAAUUAGUAUUCGAUAAUACUUGUGUAACCUUUUAAUGAUGCCAAAUUGUAAUUCGAAGAUCAAGAAAAGCGUUAUAACGAGUACCAGUAAUGAUAGUCAUGAAAUACUGACCAAAUAUUGGACUGAUUGUGUUACUUAAGAUUAAAUUUAAGCCGUUUCUUGCUUAUUAGUCGUAAUUAUCUGUUAUUUAUUCGCUAUAAUCACACGUGUUAUAUGUAUGUGUUCUAUUCUAGUUUCUAAAAGGUCUUAUACAGCACUUGUUGUAUCUAUCCAUCCGAU